CUUUAUAAGAGUCCCCAAGACGCUGCGCCGUCACUCUUUGGCCUUAAGAGAGAGCAGAGAAGACUACUGCCAGUGCACUCUGCUGUUCACGGGUCCAGAAGAAGAUGAUGAUGAUGAUGAUGCGGACUUCUGUCCUUCUAUCCUGCGUCUUUACGCUGCAGUGCCUCCGAAGCAUGCAUUGUUCGCCAGUGCCCGAAGCAAGCAGGUACAAAGCGGCGCCGGGAUGGCUCCAGAGGUCUGAUCUCCACGACCUGAAGAAGAGAGGAAGAGUUGCCCAUCCUCAGGAAACACUCAAAGACACAGCCUUGGCCAGAGGAGACCCUAUAAGAGCAGCACUGGUAACUAACAUCACUGAGGUGUCUAACCGCCCCCGCUGUGGCGUUCCUGACUACCCCAUGCUGAAAGAUGUCCUCUACAGGAGGAAUCACAGGCAGAAACGCUUUGUCCUGUUCGGGGGGCGCUUGGAGAAGACUGACCUCACCUACAAAGUGGUUCGCUUCCCCUGGCAGAUGAGUGAGGACAAGGUGCGGCGUGUCCUGCUGGAAGCACUGACAGUAUGGAGUGAGGUCACACCCCUCACCUUCACUGAGGUCAGCAGUGGAAAGGCUGACAUUGUCAUCGACUUCACCAGGUACUGGCAUGGAGAUAACCUGCCCUUUGACGGCCCUGGGGGAAUUCUAGCCCAUGCCUUCUUCCCCAAGACCCACAGGGAGGGCGACAUCCAUUUUGACUAUGAUGAAGCAUGGACCCUUGGCAACUACAUGGGCACAGACCUCCUCCAAGUGGCUGCUCAUGAGUUCGGGCAUGUUCUGGGCCUGCAGCACUCCUGGGAACCGGGUGCAGUGAUGUCCCCCUAUUACAGCUUCUCCUAUCCCCUGGAGCUGAGCGAGGAUGACAAGCUGGGGAUCCAAUACCUGUACGGCCCUCGUCCACAUGUCCCGCCCCCACCUCCACUAUCACCACCGCCACAAAUCACCACAGAGACCAAUGAGAUCAUUAGUAGUAUUCCUGACGUCUGCCAGACAGACUUUGAUGCUGUGUCUAUGAUCCGUGGAGAGCUGUUCUUCUUUAAAUCAAGCUAUGUGUGGCGCAUUCGGGAGGGGCGGCUGGAGGCGGGCUACCCCGCUCUGGCAUCCCGCCAUUGGAGGGGGAUUCCAGAGAGCAUUGAUGCUGCCUUUGAAGACCAAUCAGGGAAUAUCUGGUUCUUUCAAGGUCAAAGCUACUGGGUGUUUGAUGCAGAGAGACAGAUCACAGGGCCAGACCCUGUGCAGAGGCUAGGCCUGUCAGUCUCCCACAUCCAGGCAGCCCUGUGCAGGGGCCAGGACAGCAACUAUAACACCUACUUCUUCAAGUCAGGCAGCUACUGGAAGUUCAGCCCCAAGGAGAACCGUGUGGACUCUGUCUACCCUCGCAACAUGCAGGACUGGAGCGGCAUCCCCAGUGAUGUUGAUGCAGCCUUCAAGGACCAAUACGGCUAUGUCCACCUUAUCCGAGGGAGGCAGUACUGGAAGUUUGAUCCUGUGGAGAUGAAUUUACUACAGGGGUAUCCUCGCUAUAUUGGAAUGGACUUCUUUGGUUGCAGAAAUGCAUGAAUAAUCAUUAUUAAGUGAUGCUGCUGUCUAAAGAUCAAACCCAAGUCCAAGUCUAGUCCAACCAUGCUCUCGUCCUUAUGGUCUUUUCAAAUACAACAUUGUAAUGUUGUGCAUUUUUGGGAACAAGACCAGUGCAUCUACAGAGGCCUCUUCAUCUUCAUUAAAAUGUUGAAGAAACUAACUAUUUAGAGAGAGACUUUAUUACUUUACUUGAGUGAGUUCCAAAAAAAUUAGUGUUCUUCCUCCAAAUAUGAUUGUUUACACAUGAUCUUAACACUUUGAAUGGACUAGAUCCUUUUUUCUUCUCAGGAAAACACUAAUUCAAAUGUUUCCUCAGAGUUUGGACAUCAUGUGCAGCUAUGUACUUGUAUUUAUUUGUUACUGGGUUCGGUUCUAUGGUCAGAAGUUGCGUUGUUCAAGACCAUGGGCUGAGAGGACAGUGCCAUCUACAGUGCAGUACCAGCCCAUUGCAGGAGGUUGUUUUUAACUAUAUUAUAUGACGUAUAAUUUACUCCAGAGAUGUUACAGCAUAAACAUGUUUGCGUUGUUCUUAACGGGAAAUAUGUCUAAGGCACUGCAAUUAAGGUGCUAAAUCUGGAAAUCACUGACAAUCAGGGGCACUUUUUGUUCUCAGAUGUUAUGAACAUUUACUCACGGUCUUACAUGUAUGACAUCAAGUACAUUAUCGCGUCACAUUUAUGUUCUCUCUAAGAUAACUAUACUUAAUUCAAUAAUGUUCCAUCCAUGUUGCUCUCAGUCAGUGCAAAGGGAUGGAGUGAACUUGGUGCUGCAUUAUGUGAAUCUAAGCCAUGAGGAUACGUA